AAGAGCUCGUAAAGUUUAUGUUCGCUACUAUGAGCAUCCGAGCUAACUUAUCCUUUACUAUUCCCUCAACACCGUAGUGUAGAAAGCAGCAUUUCACUCUCAUUACUGCAUUUGAGAGUAAAAAAGGCCUUUCUAUAAAAAAAAGGCCGCCUUACUGUUGCACUUAAGUAAGUUGAUGACUGGAAGAUAUUCCCAUAGUAAUCGGUUUUUAUAAUAACGGGAGUUGUUUUCGUAAGCAUCUAUUGGAGCAUUCGUUUAAAUUCGAUCUCUCCUUGUUGCAGCGAGAUUUAUUCAUUUUAAUAUAUAUCUAUUGAGGAAUUUGCGGCUUUUCCUAGCUACUUGCAUAGAUUGAAAUCCUUUUCAUUUCAAUUUCGUAAAAGUUGCCUGCUUAGGUUUAUUAGUGUACAAACGCACCGGUAUUCGAAAAUGGUUCAAAUAGAAGCUUCUAUAUCUGAAUCUGUUGGGCAAGAAGUUCCCAUACCCCGGAACGCAACUGCUGAGGCAGAGCCAAAGAAUAUAAAGCAGCCUGAUGUGGACGGGGAGUAUGUUGCCGCAGAAAAACUUAAUAAGGAACUUAUUAACACGGAAUUUGCUCCUAUUAUGGAACCCGGUCAUCGUCGAGUAUCAAAAGAUACCGCUGAUGGAAUUUUGUUCCAAUUCGAGGAUGAACCUUCUUAUUACUAUGUUGUUACAACCUAUAUCUCCUAUUUAGUUCUUCUUAUCAUUGGUCACGUCCGUGACUUUUUUGGUAAGCGAUUCCAUAAAGACGAUUACAAAUAUUUGAAGGAUAGCGACGGUUAUGCACCCCUAUAUAAUCAUUUCGAUAAUUUUUAUGUUCGACGACUCAAAUUUCGUAUUAAUGACUGCUUCAGUCGACCUACGAUGGGUGUUCCUGGCCGUAUGAUUAGACUUUUGAAUCGUUAUUCUACUGAUAAUAAUUCUUCUUUCAAACUUACGGGUGAUACGUCGUUGAGUUUGAAUGUUUCUUCUUAUAAUUAUCUCGGAUUUGCCCAAAGCCAUGGUCCCUGUGCCGUGGCCGUUGAGAAGGCCGUUCGCGAAAACGGACUCUCUACUUGUAGUGCCAGUACGACAUGUGGCAAUUAUGGAAUUCACUUGGAAGUUGAAGAAUUGACAGCCAAGUUUGUCGGUAAACCUGCAUCCCUUAUCUUUUCUCAAGGAUUUGGAACCAAUUCCACAGUCUUCUCUGCUCUUAUGGGACCCGGUUCCCUUAUCAUUUCGGAUGAAUUGAAUCAUGCUUCGAUUCGUUUCGGUUCUCGUCAGUCUGGUGCGAAUAUCCGCGUUUUCAAGCAUAACAACAUGACUGACUUGGAACGCGUUUUGCGUGAGGUUAUUUCCCAAGGUCAGCCACGUACCCACCGCCCAUAUACAAAGAUCUUGGUUGUCAUUGAAGGUUUGUAUUCCAUGGAAGGUAAUUUUGCUGAUUUGCCUCGCAUUAUGGAGUUGAAGAAACGUUACAAGUUCUAUUUGUUCAUUGAUGAAGCUCACUCUAUCGGUGCAAUUGGUCCUCAUGGUGGUGGUAUUUGCGAUUAUUUCGGUAUUCCAACUACUGAUGUGGAUAUUCUGAUGGGUACCUUUACCAAGUCCUUUGGUGCCGCAGGUGGUUAUGUUGCAUCUUCUUUGGAAAUUGUGAAUAAGCUUCGUGUGACGAAUCCCGGAUACAUUUAUGCAGAAUCCAUGAGUCCCGCCGUUUUGGCUCAAAUUAAGAGUAGUUUCUUGGAGAUCAUGGAUCAAUCACCUGGCUCUAUUGGUUUGGAAAGAAUUGAACGUUUGGCUUUUAACAGUCGUUACGUUCGAUUGGGUUUGAAGCGUUUGGGUUUUAUCAUUUACGGAAAUGACGAUAGUCCAGUUGUUCCUUUGCUUUUGUACAAUCCUGGUAAAAUUAAUGCGUUUUCCCAUGAAAUGUUAAAGCGGGGAGUUUCGAUUGUUGUUGUUGGUUAUCCAGCAUGCCCAUUAUUAACUUCAAGAGUAAGGUUUUGCUUUUCAGCGUCUCAUAACAAAGCCGACUUGGAUUAUAUUUUGAGAGCAUGUGAUGAGAUUGGAGAGAAGCUUCAAUUGAAAAUUUCGUCUGGAGCUGCGGGUGAAGAUGUUGGAAAAACCAAUUUCGAAAACAUCAAGAAAAAACAAGGUUGGUACAGUCCUCCUCGUUGGUCAAUUGAAGACGUUAUUUCCCGUGGUGUUGAGGAUACCUUGAAACAAUGAUGAGUACAUGUUGUUUGUUUUACUAUGAACACAAAAUAUUUAUAUACAUGAGAAAGACGAAUGUAUUUGAUGCGCCUGUGUAGAAACAUAUACAUAUUUACCAAUAAUAGUAUUCCUUUUAAUAAGAUUAUGAUGAAAACGAAGAUGUGUUGAGAGUAUUGGACGUGAUCGGAACAGUAGAAGG